AAAAAAUACUGUGCUACUGCUGUUGAUCUGAAGGAUUGUCCAAAAAACGUCUGUCAGAGAUGGAUGUCUCACAAAAAAAGCGGCGUUUUGGUCCUGCUGCAGAUCAAGCCAGUCAGGCUGUGAGUAAAUUUCAGGGUAAAAACCCGUCACUGCUGAGAGAACUGAAUCUGAGCGGUCAAACACUAGCAAACUCACAAGUGAAUGAUCUCGCUAAGCUGCUGCGGGAUAAACACAGUCGGAUCAACACACUCACUCUGUGUGUUUGCAGUAUUAAAGAGGAACAGUGUGUAUUUCUGACUUCAGCUCUGAAAUCAAACCCAUCACACCUGAGAGAACUGAACCUGACUGGGAAUCAGAUACAAAACACAGGAUUGAAUCACUUUUGUGAUAUUCUGAAGAAUUCACAAUGUAAACUGGAGAGACUGAGAUGGAGAUACAGUUUCAUGACAUAUGAAGGUUGUUCUGCUGUGACUUCAGCUCUGAAUUUAAACCCGUCACACCUGAGAGAGCUGAACCUCAGUGGGAAUAAUCUAGAAGACUCUGGAGUGAAAAACCUCAGUGAUUUCCUGAUGAACCCACAAUGCAGACUGGAGAAACUACUUGUGUGUGGAUGCAGUAUUACAGAGGAACAGUGUGCCAUUCUGACUUCAGCUCUGAAUUCAAACCCAUCACACCUGAGAGAGCUGAACCUGAGCUGGAAUAAUCUGGGAGACUCUGGAGUGAAAAACCUCAGUGAUUUCCUGAUGAACCCACAAUGCAGACUGGAGAAACUACAUCUCUGUGUUUGCGGUAUUACAGAAGAACAGUGCAUCAUCCUAAAUUCAGCUCUGAAAUCAAACCCAUCACACCUGAGAGAACUGAACCUCACUGGGAACCAAAUGGAAAACACCGGAUUGAAUCACAUUUGUGAUAUAUUGAAGAAUUCACAAUUAAAACUACAGAGACCAAAGCGUUAUGGUCCUGCUGCAGAUCCAGCCUGUCAGGAUGAGAAUAAAUUUCAGGGUAAAAACCCAUCACUGCUGAGAGAACUGAAUCUGAGCGGUCAAACACUAAGAGACGCAGAAGUAAAAGAGUUGGACAAGCUGCUACGGGAUAAACGCUGUUGGCUUAACACACUCACUCUGUGUGUUUGCAGUAUUACAGAGGAACAGUGUGUCAUUCUGACUUCAGCUCUGAAAUCAAACCCAUCACACCUGAGAGAACUGAACCUCACUGGGAAUCAAAUAGAGAACACACUGGUGAAUCACUUUUGUGAUUUGCUGAAUGAUACACAAUGUAAACUGGAGAUACUGAGAUGGAGAUACUGUUUCAUGACAUAUGAAGGUUGUUCUGCUGUGACUUCAGCUCUGAAUUCAAACCCGUCACACCUGAGAGAGCUGAACCUCAGUGGGAAUAAUCUGGGAGACUCUGGAGUGAAAAACCUCAGUGAUUUCCUGAUGAACCCACGAUGCAGACUGGAGAAACUACUUGUGUGUGGAUGCAGUAUUACAGAGGAACAGUGUGUCAUUCUGACUUCAGCUCUGAAUUCAAACCCAUCACACCUGAGAGAACUGAACCUGAGCUGGAAUAAUCUGGGAGACUCUGGAGUGAAAAACCUCAGUGAUUUCCUGAUGAACCCACAAUGCAGACUGGAGAAACUACAGUUAAGAGGCAGUUUCAUGACAUAUGAAGGUUGUUCUGCUGUGACUUCAGCUCUGAAUUCAAACCCAUCACACCUGAGAGAGCUGAACCUCAGUGGGAAUAAUCUGGGAGACUCUGGAGUGAAAAACCUCAGUGAUUUCCUGAUGAACCCACGAUGCAGACUGGAGAAACUACUUGUGUGUGGAUGCAGUAUUACAGAGGAACAGUGUGUCAUUCUGACUUCAGCUCUGAAUUCAAACCCAUCACACCUGAGAGAGCUGAACCUGAGCUGGAAUAAUCUGGGAGACUCUGGAGUGAAAAACCUCAGUGAUUUCCUGAUGAACCCACAAUGCAGACUGGAGAAACUACUUCUGUGUGUUUGCAGUAUUACAGAGGAACAGUGUGUAUUUCUGACUUCAGCUCUGAGAUCAAACCCAUCACACCUGAGAGAACUGAACCUCACUGGGAAUCAAAUACAAAACACCGGAUUUAAUCACAUUUGUGAUAUACUGAAGAAUUCACAAUUUAAACUGCAGAGACUAAAACUUUCAGACUGCAAUCUCACAGAAGAAGGCUAUAAAGCACUGGCUUUGGCUCUGAGAUCAAACCCAUCACACCUGAUAGAGCUGGAUCUCAGAAGAAAUGAUCCUGGAGAAUCAGGAGUGAAGGAGCUCACUGAUGUUUUGAAGGAUCGAAACAGCCAACUGAAGACCCUGAGGUUUUUGAGUCCUGCUGCAGAUAAACCCUGUCAACUUGCGAUUAAAGCUCAGGGUAAAAACCCAUUACUUGCAAGAGAACUGAAUCUGAGCGGUCAUGAACUAGGAUACACACAAGUGAAAGAGCUAGAUGAGCUGCUGCGGGAUAAACAUUGUCGGAUCAACAUACUCAUUCUGUGGAGGUGUACGAUUACAGCAAAAGGGAGUGUCAUCCUGACUUCAGCUCUGAAAUCUGUUGUGUCACACCUGAGAGAACUGCACCUGAGCUGGAAUAAUCUGAGAGACUCUGGAGCAAACCUCAGUGAUUUCCUGAAGAACCCAGAAUGCACAGUGGAUAAACUACAUGUGUGUGGAUGCAGUAUUACAGAGGAACAGUGUGUCAUUCUGACUUCAGCUCUGAAUUCAAACCCAUCACACCUGAGAGAGCUGAACCUGAGCUGGAAUAAUCUGGGAGACUCUGGAGUGAAAAACCUCAGUGAUUUCCUGAUGAACCCACAAUGCAGACUGGAGAAACUACAUGUGUGUGGAUGCAGCAUUACAGUGGAACAGUGUGUCAUUCUGACUUCAGCUCUGAAAUCAAACCCAUCACACCUGAGAGAGCUGAACCUGAGCAAUAACAAUCUUAAGGACAGCGGAGAGAAAGAUGGGAAUGAAAACACAGGAGUGAAAAAACUAUGCAAAGUACUAGAGGACUCACACUGUGAACUGGAGAUACUGAGGUUGAGUUACUGUUUUUUGACAGAUGAAAGUUGUUCUGCUGUGGCUUUGGCUCUGAGAUCAAACCCAUCACACUUGAGAGAACUGAACCUGAGUGAGAAUCAGAUAGAGAACACGGGAUUGAAUCACUUGUGUGACAUACUGAAGAAUUCACAAUGCAAACUGGAGAGACUGAGUGUCAGUUACUGUGGCAUUACGGACGUUUCUUUUUUAACUCAGUCUUUGAGAAAGGCGAAAAAAGUGCUGCAGUUUUUAAAAGAGCUUGAUCUGAGAUUUAAUAGCAUUAAAGACUCGCAGCAGCAGCUCAUUGACGUGGUUCAACACUCAAACUGCAAACUCAGCAUAGACACACGAGGAGACAAAAGGCAUUCGUGAGCGGAUUAUGUGCUGGUUUUAAUCCAGAUAUUGUGAUUGUCAUUAUCAGGUGAGGAUCAUCACAGGACCUUCACUAUAGUGUAGUAUCUACAGGAAGAAAGAACACCUUAGAUGAUACAAACGUAAACAUUUAUUAAACAUUAAAAUCUGUGUUAGUAGCAGUUUUAAAACUUUAAGAAUUUUUGGACAAUUUACUGUGUCAGGAUUUCUAUAUAUAGACGUUAAAGUAUUAUGUUUUUAUUUCUCCCUUACACUGAUCCUAAUUGUGGAGUUUUGGUGACUGUCGCUUUAAAUUCAAAUGAGGGCUCUUUUCAAAAGAGGGCGGAGCUACAGAUGCCUGUGUGUCAGCUCAGAUUCAAAACUCUAAUGAUGGACAGCUGCUUCUCACUCAGGGCUGUUUAUGCUAAUGAAGGAGCGAUAGUCCUAGUGGGCGGGGUUUUCUCCCUCUGAUGAUGCGUACAAAUGGAGAAUGUCAAUCAAAGUGUUUCUGCAGACUGUUUUUAUCAAGUCUGAUAAUAAAAAAUAGAUUUAAUACAUGUUUACAAUUAGAAGCUGCUUAUAUUCACACACUGCUGACACACAGCUGUGUUUAAACCCCUUAUACAAGUGAUUUUUGCGUAAUAGGCCCCCUUUAACAAAAAAAAGACCCUCAUACUGUAUAAAACGUUUAAUUGUAAGCCAACUUGUUGCACAGAUUUUUUUGAGUUGACUCAACUUUUAACCCAAGUACUACACUGUGUUAGUAGCAGUUUUAACUCUAAGAACUUUAGGACAACUUACUGUGUCAGGAUUUCUACAUUUAGGGAUCCAAGCAUGGAAGGUUAAAGUAUUGUUAUUAUAUUUCUCCCUUACACUGAUCCUAAUAGUGGGAUUUUGGUGACUGUCGCUUUAAAUUCAAAUGAGAUUGUGCUCUUUUCAAAAGAGGGCGGAGCUACAGAUGCCUGUGUGUCAGCAUAGUGGCAGAUUCAAAACUCUAAUGAUGGACAGCUGCUUCUCACUCAGGGCUGUUUAUGCUAAUGAGGGAGCGAUAGUCCUAGUGGGCGGGGUUUUCUCCCUCUGAUGAUGCGUACAAAUGGAGAAUGUCAAUCAAAGUGUUUCCGCAGACUGUUUUUAUCAAGUCUGAUAAUAAAAAAUAGAUUUAAUACAUGUUUACUAUUAGAAGCUGCUUAUAUUCACACACUGCUGACACACAGCUGCGUUUAAACCCCUUAUAAAAGUGACUUUUGCGUAACAGGCCCCCUUUAACUAAACAAAGACCCUCAUACUCUAUAAAACGUUUAAUUGUAAGCCAACAGAUUUUUUUGAGUUGACUCAACUUUUAACCUAAGUACUGCACUGUGUUAGUAGCAGUUUUAAAACUUUAAGAACUUUAGGACAACUUACUGUGUCAGGAUUUCUACAUUUAGGGAUCCAAGCACGGAAGGUUAAAGUAUUAUUAUUAUAUUUCUCCCUUACACUGAUCCUAAUUGUGGGAUUUUGGUGACUGUUGCUUUAAAUUCAAAUGAGAUUGUGCUCUUUUCAAAAGAGGGCGGAGCUAUAAAUGACUGCGUGUCAGCAUAGUGGCAGAUUCAAAAACAAGACUAAGGUCCUAUGCUAAUGUGCUUUAUGCACAGCGAGAGUUUUAAAGCCAACGAUGAACUUCAGGGAGAACGUGCAAACUUCACGCAGAAAUGAAAACUGACCCAGCCGGGACUCAAACCAGUGACCUUCUUGCUUUAAGGUGACAGUGCUAACCACUGAGCCACCGCCUUCAUAUCUUCAUAAUUUUAAUAAAUAUACAUGGCUUUAAUAUUCUUUAUGAAUUUAUAUUUUACUCAUUUAUUUUGUGGCUACGCAUCAACAUCAUUUAACCUGGAUACAAUUAAUCAUAAAUGGAUAAAUCACCACAACCCUUGUGUAAUCAUAUUUGUCUUUGCCUUAUGAUUGAAUUGUUCACAUACUGUAAUGUGCUUUUGUUCUCCGUGUUAGUGCUGUGGGUUAGUAAUUUCUUGCACUGUUAAAAUGCAUCAGUUUGUACUGUAUUUCAGUUUAUUAAUCUAAUUCGGACUAUCUGUUUCCAAUUUGUAAGUGAAACUCAAUUAACAAAUUAAAGCUGA